CAAGUCUAGGUAGUGUGCAGAAUCCCCGCCAGGUGUCUCUUCGCUGUUGGGGAUUUCCUAAGCUGGUUCCCGGCUCCCUUUGUGCGCACUAACUUGCUAGACGGAGCCCAGCUUAGGGAUUCCCUACUGACGUGUAGAUAGGCUGGGGCCCGUCUCUUCAUAUCGCAAGUUCAUGACGCGCACAGAGAGCUCGGAACCAGCCCAACACGUGGACGUCAUUGAAAGGAUAUUUACAGAGGUUAUUGUCGGUCUUCUCAAGGAAUCUGAAGGAAGAUCACCUGAAGGUCAUUCAACAGCCACAGUCUGUCUCAAAAUGUGUUUCCUGCCCUGAGCAAGUUGUGGUGCCAGCUACUCUUAGUGUUAACCAACAAGUCCAGGUGCCGUUACUCUCAGCACUGCUAGCCAGUAUUACCAAUCAAGCACAGGUGUCCACAUCAGCCGAAGCCAUGCAGACUACAGAGACUGGCAGCAUCACCAGAGAAAUCAUCAGAUGUGCCAACUUCUCAGCCAUAAAACACAAAGAUCAGCGGAGAAAAGACCCCGAGAUGACUCCCUACAUCAACCACCCAAUAGGUGUGGCGUAUAUAUUGACAGAAGAGGCUGGCAUCACAGACCUUAGUGUCAUCCAGACAGCUCUGCUGCAUGAUACUGUGGAAGAUACCAGCACAACCUUUGAUGAAAUCGAGGCAGAGUUUGGGAAGGAGGUUCGAGAUCUAGUAGUGGAGCUAUCUGAUGACAAGACGCUAAUGAAAGAAGACCGGAAACGUCUUCAAAUUGAACACGCGCCCCACGCCAGCCCCAAAGCCAAGCUAGUGAAGCUAGCAGACAAACUAUACAACUUGCGUGAUCUCCAGCGUACAGUGCCGCGUGGAUGGUCACAACAGCGGAUGCAGGGAUACUUUAUAUGGGCAGCUCAAGUUGUAGCAGGACUGCGUGGAACAAAUAAAAUCAUGGAAGAAGCCCUUGAUAAAAUCUUCAAAGAGAGAAAUGUAGAUGUUUGAUAGCAGUGGCCAGUUUAGGCAAAUGCAGUUGUCUCCCCUUAGGUCUAUAAGGAUCCUGUGAUCAUGGUGGAUGUUAAUGGAGAAAUGUAAGAAAUCAGGUGCCAGCUUGGAGAAGGUGCAAUUGUCUCCCUUAGGUGUAUAAGGAUUCUAUGGUCUGUCUGCACCAUACAGUGCUCUAAUUUUAUCCAAGACUUGUAUUACUUGGGCUUUCCUUCCAUAUUAAGCUGACUCGCUGUGACUUGACUGAAUUAUUGUUCCAAGUGGUAUUCAACUCCGCCAACUCUCACAUUCACAUAAGACUUCACAUGGUUUUGGUGUAUUCAGGAACUCGGGUUUGUACUUGAAAGGAGAUAAUAUUGUGUUUAAACAGACAGAGUUACAUCCCUUGCAUAUGUUCAGGAAGAGAAAUGAUCCAAUAAUUUUUGUUAUAUUUAUUGUUGAUAUUGUGUUUAAGCAGACAGAGUUACAUCCCUUGCAUAUGUUCAGGAAGAGAAAUGAUCCAAUAAUUUUUGUUCUAUUUAUUGUUAAUAAUCAAAUGUCCAUAAUAUACUCAGCCGGCUUCAAAAAAGUGAACCGGUUUUUGACAAGUAUUUUCUCAGCGAUAGAUAAACCGAAUGUAUUUUAAAAAAUCACGGAGUAACCCUAGUGUAUCAUCAACAUGUCUACAAAAUAUCGCAGAGAUUGGUCACAAAUUAUGCGAGUAUUGUAAAAUUCAAAACAGCAUGUCCGAAAAUGCAGUGCCAUAUGGGAUUCCCUCAAGGAGAAAGUUUACAGAGGAGUGAGAGACAAAUUGACCAAGCAGACGUUAAAGGACAGGAUAAUUAUGUCAUGGCAGGAGAUAUCGGUAGAAGAAAUAUGUAAAAGCAUUUCUGUUUGGAAUAAAACAGCUUCGUUUAGUUGUGGAGGAAGAUGGAGGCCAUGUUGAGCAUAGACUGAAAUAAGUGAGUUUUCUCUUGAUAUUGCAUAUUUGGACAUAUUGUUUUGACAAUACCCACUUAAUUUGCCUCCAGUUUUCUUAGAUAUUUUGUAGACUUGUUGAUGAUACCAUAGGGUAACUCGGUGAAAAUGUUUAAUAAAUUCGGUUUAUUUAUCGCUGAUAAAAUACUUGUUAAAAACCGCUUCACUUUUUGGGGGACACCCGAUAUACAAUGUACACACAAGAGAUCCAAUAUGAGUUUGGCAUAGGCUAGUACGAUGUGGCCGAGCCAAUACAUCAGGCUAGUACGAUGUGGCCGAGCCAAUACAUCAGGCUAGUACGAUGUGGUCGAGCCAAUACAUCAGGCUAGUACGAUGUGGCCGAGCCAAUACAUCAGGCUAGUACGAUGUGGCCGAGCCAAUACAUCAGGCUAGUACGAUGUGGCCGAGCCAAUACAUCAGGCUAGCACGAUGUGGCCAAGCCAAUACAUAUUUUCCUCCUUAUUGCAUUCCUUCAUAACAUUCAAGGCCUCAGGGCGUAGAUCAAUGAUCAUGCUGUUGAUCACUGGAUUGUCGGGUCCAGAUUAUUUACAGACCUCCGUCAUAUAGCUGGAAUAUUGCUGAGUGCAGCGUAAAACUCAACUCACUCACUCAUGGCCUCAAGGAAACUUUCAGAAAAUUUUAUGGUUGAUAUGUUGGGAAACUUUUGACACAUCAGUGUAAUGUUUGAUGUCCAAUGCAAUUAAAGUUGUGAACAAUU